UAAAAAGUUUAAUUUAAAAAAUACUUCCAGUAUGUACAUAAUUUAGGGCUUUUUCUUUUUUUUCCCAAACUAAGCAUUCAUACCUCUUAACAUCAAAAAACUAUUUCUCGUUUUGUAAAUAAAACAGAGUAGGGAGGAAAAAACAAAGAAAGCAAAACCCCAACCCUGGCUUCCCCUGGCUUAGGGGAUAAUGUUUCAGCUUUCAAGGUCUCCAGGUCCGUCCCCGUCUCGUGCCUUCAUAACCGCAUCUUUAGAAGUACAGCAGGACUACGUACUGCGGACAGGCGUCUGCUAGUCUAGCUUGCUUCAGAACUGAACGCUCGGCCCUUUUCAGCUGAACCAGCGGAUGAUUUUCUCUCUCUCUCACUCCCCUGCCAGUUCUCUCAAUCAUCCUCUGCGGAGCCUCUUCCGCCACCGAUUCCCCAGUAGACCUUCCUCGGGCGACCACGCUAUUGCUCACGUUGCUGCAAAAACAAGAGACCUGGGCUACCAGGAUUAAUGUGGAGUCUUCCGGCCAAGAUGACUCAUUUCCGGUCACCGACUCCUUCCCCCGGAAAUGGGACCUGAUGUAAACACCAGAGCCGGGCGCCAGGGCCCGGGAGGUCAGUAAGCCGGGCCGCGGGCGGCACCGAGAACUAGGAUCGGGGUCAGAGGCGCACGGAGGCCAGUCCUCCCAGGGUCAGUAGAUAGCAGAGUGGGAGGAAGAAAAGGAAAUCAGUUGGCAGCAGAAGUCCUGGGACUUGAAAGGGAGACCCCAGGACUCUUCCCACCCCCGCACCACCCCAUUUGUGUCCAGGGGAACAAUCCUGGACCAUGACUCAGCAGCCACUGCGAGGAGUGACCAGCCUUCAUUUCAACCAAGACCAGAGCUGUUUUUGCUGUGCCAUGGAGACAGGUGUGCGCAUCUACAACGUGGAGCCAUUGAUGGAGAAGGGGCAUCUGGACCAUGAGCAGGUGGGCAGCAUGGGCCUGGUGGAGAUGCUGCACCGCUCCAACCUGCUGGCCCUGGUGGGCGGUGGUAGCAGUCCCAAGUUCUCAGAAAUCUCAGCAGUGCUGAUCUGGGACGAUGCCCGGGAGGGCAAGGACUCCAAGGACAAGCUGGUGCUGGAGUUCACCUUCACCAAGCCAGUGCUGGCUGUGCGUAUGCGCCAUGACAAGAUUGUGAUCGUGCUGAGGAACCGCAUCUACGUGUACUCCUUCCCCAACAAUCCCCGAAAGCUGUUUGAAUUUGACACCCGGGACAACCCUAAGGGGCUCUGUGACCUCUGCCCCAGCCUGGAGAAGCAACUGCUGGUUUUCCCUGGACACAAGUGUGGGAGUCUGCAGCUUGUGGACCUGGCAAGCACAAAGCCUGGCACUUCAUCUGCUCCGUUUACCAUCAAUGCACAUCAGAGUGAUGUGGCCUGCGUGUCCCUGAACCAGCCAGGCACUGUAGUGGCCUCAGCCUCCCAGAAGGGCACCCUUAUUCGCCUUUUUGACACACAGUCCAAGGAGAAACUGGUGGAACUGCGCCGAGGCACUGACCCUGCUACCCUUUACUGCAUCAACUUCAGCCAUGACUCCUCCUUCCUCUGCGCCUCCAGUGAUAAGGGCACUGUCCAUAUCUUUGCUCUCAAGGACACCCGCCUCAACCGCCGCUCAGCGCUGGCUCGUGUGGGCAAGGUGGGGCCUAUGAUCGGGCAGUACGUGGACUCUCAGUGGAGCCUGGCAAGCUUCACCGUGCCUGCUGAGUCUGCCUGCAUCUGCGCCUUCGGUCGCAAUACUUCCAAGAAUGUCAACUCUGUCAUUGCUAUCUGCGUAGAUGGGACCUUCCACAAAUAUGUCUUCACUCCUGAUGGAAACUGCAACAGGGAGGCUUUCGAUGUGUACCUUGACAUCUGUGAUGAUGAUGACUUUUGAGGACCCUGGGGGCUGUGUUAGGGAUCUGCAGUGGCAGGUUGCAGAGCUGAGCCUUUGGGGAGGAGGUGCUGUGGAAGCCACAGAUGGCAAACAUUAAUGGGGGUGCUCACUUUCCACUCAGUAGAGCUUUGUCUAAAUAAACAGCUCACUCACUUCCCCAAGCAAUUCUUCCUGAUUGUGUGCCUGCAGGGUCAGGCCAGGGACCCAUGGAGGCAGCCCACUCCCCAGGCUCUUAGCCUGGAGGAGCAGACCUCCAGGGACUCAGAGGGAGUGUCCUAACCCAGUCUGAGGGGAUUAAAGAAGACCUCCCAGAAGGAGACAAUCUCUGAUGUGACGAAUAUAAAUAAAAGGCCCUUAAUGGCAUUUA